CUCUCGGCUCCCGUCUCUUGCGCAGGCCGUAUUUCCUCCCGUUUUCAUCCCAUAUUGGGUUCGGCCAUAGCAUCGCAUCGCAUCGCAUCGCAUCGCUCGUUAGCCUUACCAGCGCGCGUGCCACUUCCGGUCCGACCACUUGCGCCUUUGUCAACGGUGUUGAUUGACCUCGCUGUCGUCAAUACCUCGACGAUCACCCGCCAAGAGCCCAGUGUCUGUCUCGGGUCCUGCGACACUGCAACGUCGCUGCCGACGGGCUGACGAGAAUAACGCGACCUCGCCCGCCAGCCACAUCGAGUCUAUCUCUCGACGUCAUUGCGUGCAUCGCGACCUACAACUGCUUGACUGCACCGCCAUCCCACGACCUGUUGCGAUAACUUGAUCAGUGCGACGUACACAGCCUUGCUGUCAACCACCAAAGCCGGCGUCCGUUGCGCCCCUGCAAGCACUUGCUUCGCAACACGCACCCGUGCACUUUUGCGUCCAGCUUUCUUGCGUCAUCCCGACGCAGCAGGUUGAUAGGGCGCGGAAUGCCUCUCAUCCACCGCCAAACCACCGCCGGUGGCGUAGUUGUGGUCCCUGCUACCUACGGCGGCUACUCCAACCUCAGCCCCGGUGACAUAGCCGGCAUCACUCUUGGCGCCGUCGCCGGCUUCCUGCUCAUUCUCUGGAUGGUGUACACUUGCCUCAACUUCGGCCGACCGGUCGACACCUCAUCGUCCUCGGUGUACACCAGCACGGCCUCUGCCAUCUCCGCGCGCCCCUCCAAGAACCGGCACCGUCACCAUAAACACCGCAGCCCUCGAGCGAGAGUGAUUGCGACGGAGGAGGUGCGGGUCAGGGAGAGAGGAAGCCUCAGCAGGCCGCCGGGUCCGGUCAUCGUUGAAGCCGAGCCGCCGAUGAUGCAGGAGCGCAGAGCGAGUCGGCCGCCGCCGCCGAGGGUCGUGACGGACGACGAGGACGACGAGGUGGUUGUGAUUGAAGAACAUACGCCCGAGAGGAGGCGACGGCGGCACAGCAGCUCACGGAGGCACAGCCACCGAGGCGAGAGUCGGCGCCGGAGCCGGGACUACUGAACUGUGACGCCGAUC